AUGUUCUUAACAGAACGUUCCGGAUGCUUCAUUCUUCAGCCAUGGAACAAAGCCGUUAAAACACUCUGUCUGUCUGUUCAUAUCUGUAUAUCUAUUUAUUUAUCUAUCUAUCUAUCUGUUCAUAUCUAUCUGUCGCGAUCUGUUAAUCUCUCUCUCUCUCUCUCUCUCUCUCUCUAUCUAUCUAUCUAUCUAUCUGUUCAUAUCUAUCUGUCGCGAUCUAUUAAUCUCUCUCUCUCUCUCUCUCUCUCUCUCUCUCUAUCUAUCUAUCUAUCAAGCUAUCUGUCUGUCUGUCAGUCUGUUUAUAUAUAUCUAUCAGUCUAUCUAUCUCUCUAUUUGUCUGUCUGUUCAUAUCUAUCUCUCUGUAUUACAACAGUCUGUAUUUUUGUUCAUAUCUAUCUAUCUAUCUAUCUAUCUAUCUAUCUAUCUAUCUAUCGCAAUCUGUUCAACUCCCUAUCUAUCUAUCAGUCUGUCAGUCUGUUCAUAUCUCCUGCACGCUAUUUCUCCAUUACUGGCGUAUUCGUUCAUAUCUAUCUAUCUAUCUAUCUAUCUAUCUAUCUAUCUAUGUCCCAAUGUCACUAUAUAUUAUUUGUCACACAUUGA